UCCUCCGCCGCCUACCUCUCCUCCGGCCACAGCACCACCGCUCAUCGGUUGCUGCCGCCGCUCCAUUCUUGCCAAUCAUUUCCCGCCCCCGACCGCUCCCGCGACUCUCCUCGAUUCCAACAAGACCCACGAUUGCAGUACAUCGACUUACGCGGCCCGUGGAUCGCGUCGCGUGCGCUCCCAAGGGAUAGAAUUGGUAUCUGAUGGCGGAAGCUUAAAAUCAACAUGGAAGACGAGUAUUAUGGCAAUGGCAGGACGCCUGUCCGAGAAUCACCACCCCCAGCCUCCAGAGAGUAUCGCUCAGCCAACGAGCCCUACCGAGAGAGGCGCCGCUCCCCAGACCGUCGGCGUGAUCGACGUCGCUCGCGCUCGCCUGCAGCGAUAGACCGCUAUCAACCGGAUCGCCAACGCGAUGACUACUCCUACAGCUCUCGUGGCCGAGAUGAGCCACAUCAUCAACGACGUCGUUCAUCUCCUCAGGCCAUCGAUCGAUACGUACCAGGCGAACGACCAGAGCACGCGCCCGUCCUCGUCAACCCAUUGCCCGACCCGAUGAAGCUGGAUUUCCAGGUCGGCUUUACGUGGUUCGCGGAAUGGUGGCGUACCGAACAGCGCAUCAAGGAGGAGAAGGAGCGGGCGAAGACAGGGCGUCCUCCGCCACGGUUACGCGGCGAGCGCGAGACGAGGGAGGAUCGCGACGCCGAGCGGCCCAAGAUACAAGCUGCGUAUGACCAGUACAAGGAGAACCUGCAGCGCGCACAAGCUCAGGCCUUCGUGCGCCUUCACAAAGCGGAAGAUUGGUUUCGAGAGCGCUACGUUCCUGAAGUCCGCGAUCCAUUCCGGCAGAAGCUUAUGGAUUACCGCAAAGGGCUGUUCGCGCAGUGGGAGCACGACCUGACCACUGGCGUGUUUGACGAGUUCACAUUGGAGGGCAUCUACAAGUCGGAAUCCAACGGUCUGGGUGGCAUCAUGGAGCGUGAAGAGGGAGAGACUAGUGCGGCGGCCGAAGUGCUGGGUGUUGGUGACUUGCUUCCAUCGAAGGGAGGUGACUUGCGUGAUCCCGCAUCAAUGCAGCCGACCCUGCUCAUCAAGACAAUUGCUCCGACUGUCACGCGUGACAAGUUUGAGACCUUUGCCAAAGAACAUCUCGGGGAAGGAGCAUGUGGCUUCAAGCAUCUAUCCCUCUCCGAUCCGAACCCACUCAAGAAGUGCCACAGGAUGGGUUGGAUCAUGUUGAACCCGGCUCCAGAGGAAGAUGAGAAUGGAACUGAGGCAGAAGCGCCGCAAGCGGAAGCCGCACCUACCGAGGGCGAGGAGGGUGAAGCUGCGAGCACUGAGGCUACAAAUGCUCCGAAGACGCCCAGCGAGAAAGCUCUGGAAAAGAUCAAUGGCAAAACCAUAGAGGACCCGGAGCGUGGCAACUUCACCGUACACUGUGGUGUCCACCGUCCACCGGAUGCUCCGCGGAAGAAGGCACUGUGGGACUUGUUCUCCGCAUCCGAGCGCAUUGCACGAGAUCUCGAGCUAGCCACACGUCUCGUUCGCAAGCUUGACAAUGAGCUUGGUGAUGAGAUCUUUGGCGUUGCUAAGAUUGAGGAGCGAGUUCAUGAACUGUCAGAGCGUGGUGUGCUGAAGCCUGAAGUGCAAUCCAAACCUCCAAAAGAUUCCGACGCCAUGGACGCGGAGAUGGAGGAGGGCGAAGAAGAUGACGAGGGUGUGAUCGAUGAAGACGAAUCAGACGACGAGGAGCUGCUUGUAAAGAAGAAGAAAUUGGAUCUUCUGGUCGAGUACCUACGCCGGGUCUACAACUUCUGCUUCUUCUGCGUAUUCGAGUCCGACUCAGUGCACGAGCUGCAGCGCAAAUGUCCUGGUGGUCAUUUACGAAGACCAAGGGCAAGCUUGACCUCGGCCGCGAAAGAGACUGCGCGUGCCAGUGCAUCUGGCGAAGCCUUUCCACUUCGUAAGAAGGCCGGUGGCAAAGGAGAAGGAGACGAUGAGCAAGACAUGGAUAUAAAGGAAGAAAGCCCCGUGGAGGAGAGGAAGGGGGUCAUGAAGCCGAACAUGAAGACGACGCAGCAACUACAACGCGCCUACAACUGGGUGAAGACUUUCGAGGAGAAGAUCCUGCAGAUUCUUGAGCCCGACAACGUCAACAUACGCAAGCUUGGAGGCACACCUGUGGAAGAGGGCGUCGAAAAGGAGCUGGCCAAGUUCGUCCUUCAAGAAGAUGUGAACAAGUUCCGCUGCAAGGUACCGGAAUGUACCAAACUGUUCAAAGGCGUAGAGUUCUGGCGCAAGCACGUUGAAAAACGUCACGCUGAUUUCCAUGAACGCGUUCGCAACGAAGUCGAACUCGUCAACACAUACGUGGUCGAUCCGGCACACAUCGCGCCUAGUAGAAGCGAUGCAAACUCCAACGGGCACUUCCCACUCAACAACAAUGCUCCAACCGGCACGCCGCGAGGUUUCCAGCUGAAUCAGCAAUACCCAAUGGGAUUCCCAAUGGCCGCUGGUGCCGCCGGCAUGCCGGCCAUGUUUGGACAAGCGAUGGGUGUGCCAGGUGUCUGGGCACCCGGGGCUGCAGGCGUUGGGCCGAUGCGCACCAACAAUCGCGCUUUCAUGCAAAACGGCGGAUAUCGCAUGCCCGGACCAUAUGCUCGCAAUGGCAGAGGCCGUGGUCCGUCCAUGAGCAAUGGUCGUCCGAUGGGCAUGAUGGAAGGCGGUGCCGCUACCAUGGGCCCGAAUGAAGCUGUCGUUGGCCGCAGUCUUCGCAGCUACGAAGACUUGGAUGCAGACAAGGGUGAAGGCACGGGUGAACUCAAUUAUUAAGGACACUAUACGCAUGAUCUGGGUGGAAUACAUGGCGCAAAGGAGGCGGGAAAGUAGAAAGCAGACAUCAGAUCAGUCCCCAGUGUAGGUAGUACUAGAGGAACAAAAGAGCGCUCAAACAACCUUGGAAGACAAGACGACGCGCACGUGACUGCUUAGUCAGAUCAUUCCGGGGUGAGACUGGAAGCCAGCACCUUUUGACACCAUUUCAAUCAUCUCUGCCAACA